AUGCACGGUGCUUAUUUUUCCUCGCGAGAGCCUGCUAUCUUUAAAAAAGGGCUCAUUCCUCUACUCAUGUUUGGUUUGGGGUGUGAGGGCCAUAUGGAACUAGCCGCCGGUGCACCUAGCAUCUCACCGUAUGGAACGACCCGAACAUUCGGCGCGAGGCCGGAAUUGUUUGCGCGGAAAUCCCGAAGCGCAUUUGACGGCAUUCGCGACAUGGAGUCCAAACUUACGGUGCUCAAGGAUAAGGAGAGUGCAACGGAUGCGGCGCUCACUUCAGUGAGCGGCCAAGACGGAGCGGGACCGAAGGCUAUGCACGGGCAGAUGGAGGACUGGUAUGGCGAGGGGGGAUUUGGGCAAAGCUGCGAGCAACCCCUCUUCCUCAACAUGCUGCGAGCUGUUGCCGCAGCUGGACACGGCUACGUCCCCCCCAAGCGCAGCUACGUUGGAGGAGCCGGGCUGUUGGAGUGCAAGCAGCGGAUUGAAAAAGGAUUGGCGCCCAUUACGAAGACUUGGAAGGAGACAGACGUGACGAUCGCCAGCGACAUGAUGGCGGACAAGAUUGGGCACGCGCAAAAGAACGUCAUUUGCAUCAACGCCAGUGGUGCGGUUUUCGAAGAGGUGGUCGACUGUAAGGCAGAGACAAAGAGCGGGGCGUUUAUCGUUGACCUCCUCAAGCCGACCAUCGAGAAGGUUGGACAGGAGCACGUCAUCGCGAUUUGCACAGACGGCGGCAGCAACUACGUGUCCGCCGCCAAGUUCCUGCAGAAGUAUCUGCAUAUCGAGAUCGUUCCCUGCGCCACUUAUGUGCUCGAAUUAUUGAUGGAGGACAUCGGCAAGAUGGAUUUGGUGCAGGUCAUCAUGGUUGCGAAUGACAUGAUCUCGUUCUUGCGCAUCCACCAGUGGGUGCAUGCCUUCCUGCGGAAUUCGCACGCAGAUACAGAUAUGGUGGUGCACAAGGACUGGGAGGAGAAGGGGAGGAAGCAGCAGACUGGACAGAACUUUGAGGCGUCGGUUUGGGAUACUGAGUGGUGGAAGAAGGCGGAUACCUUUGUGAAUGUGAUUGAGCUGCCGUACAAGGUGAUGAGGAGGACGGAUGGGCCGGUGAAAGGGAUGAUGGGGGCAUUGUACAACAUCAUGCUGCAGCUGACGGAGGAGUUGUUGGCGCUGCUGGAGAGUGCGGAUUGUCGGCUCAAAAUGGCCGAUAGGGAGGGGGUGCAAGAGCAUUUGAGGCGGCGUUGGGACGGCAGCUUGGUCUGCGCCCUUCACGUGGUAGGCCGGAUUCUGAACCCGAUAAACCAGAAAGAGGAGUUUGAGUGCACCCGGGUGAUGAAGGCUUGGCUGUCACGCUCGAGGGUCUUCGUCGACAAGUACUGGAAGAACGCCGGCGACACGAAGGGAACGAUGAAGGCGCUGCAGGAGGGUAUGUUGGCAUAUAUUGAGGGCAAGGGGUGCUUUGGGACAGAGGAGGCGAUAGAGGGGCACGCGGAGGGGAAGGGGGACAUGGUGACAUGGUGGAAAGUGAACGGCUCGCAGUACGCCGACCUGGCUGGGAGCACAGCUUGUUUCCGCUUCUUCGUGCAAGUGGGAUGGGCUGUGCGGGAUAGCAUGCACAACCACCACAAGGAUGCGGCUGGUGUAGGGCCAAGCGGGGAAGUAAGGAAGGCGGGGGUAGUGGAGGGGAACAUUCCCACCACUCUCCUUCCCGAGGGGUACAAGUUGGAGGAGGAUGGGGAGGUGGGGGUGGACGGGGACGACUUGUGCGUCGACGAGUACGAGCACCAAGAAGACAUGGAGAAGGAGGAGGAGGAGGAGGAGGAGGAGGAGGAGGAGGAGGAGGAGGAAGAGGAGGAGGAGGAGGGGGAGGAGGAGGAGGAGGAGGAUGAGGAUGUGUGA